AUGUUCAAGCGCUUCAGCGUCAGCGAGCAUGUUAGCACUAGCAGCAAAGUCAAGUCCUCACAGCAACGCAGUAUCCGCUCUAAAAUAUUAGAACAAUACCCUGACUUGGUUCCAUAUGCUGAGCUGCUUAUGCCCAAAAAGUCACCUAUGGUCGUGGCAAAAUGUCAUAAUCACAUCCAGAUAGUGCUGCUGGAGGGCGAGCCAAUCUUUUUCAAUCAACGUGAUGGACCCUUUAUGCCCACUCUUAGACUACUGCAUAAGGUUCCGCACGUCAUGAAGCAGGUGCGCGCUGACAAGGGUGCAAUUCUGUUCGUGCUUUCUGGUGCCAACGUUAUGUGCCCUGGCUUAACGUCUGCUGGUGGAGAUCUGCCCGAGCCUUUAGAUGCAGGAACUCCAGUGGCUAUCAUGGCGGAGGGAAAGGAACUUGCUAUGGCUAUCGGCAUUCUUACUAUGUCCACUGAUGAUAUUCGAAACAAAAACAAAGGCAUUGCUAUCGAGAUGGUACACUUUCUUGGCGAUGAGCUGUGGACCUGUCAACACAUCGAUUAG